AGAGAUACGAGAGCAGAAUAAAUAACAUUGAACAUAUCGUUGAUAUUAAUCCUUUGUUUCACAGUGAUUAAGUUAUUUGGAUCAUCAGAAUCAUCGCGACAUUUACAUUCUUGGAGGAAAUACUUCUUUGAGAACCGAAUCACCAUCUGAAAGUGGUUAAAAUAGAGGUCGAUCUCGUUACUUUUUACUCGGUUCAUUGAGCUGCAGUCGAGCAGCUGCUUGAGAAAGUAGUUGACAGCGUACGUGACGGACCGUGUCUCCCCGGCCGCGGCGCAGCCUAGCCCCUUCCUCGAGAGUUUCGCGUCGAAGCUCCAUGAAGUUUGACUUUGAUCUGCAACAUCAGGAUGUCUUCUGGAAACGGAUCUUCCCCUGGUUCUUCGACAACCAUUGCAGGAAUAACCGCCCCUUUGACUAAAGUUGUGUCGAUGCUUGCCCAUAAUCUGUCGUCACCAUUCCCAAAUGGGUCGAGCACUCCAGCACCCACAGAGUUGCCACCGUCCGUUCAUGCCAUUUUCUUGCAGACGAAAGGAGCAAAGGCAGUGGCAGGCAUCUUUGCUUGGGCAGCUUUCAUUAUCACAUGCUAUCAGAUUUACAUGCACCUGCGCCACUACACCUGUCCGGGUGAACAGCGCUGGAUAGUACGCAUCCUCUUCAUUAUACCCAUCUACUCCUUCGACUCCUGGCUAUCACUUCUCUUCUUCAGUCAAGACCACUACUAUGUCUACUUUGACAGUAUCAGGGAUUGCUAUGAAGGUAAGCAUUUCAGUGCAUUUCUCUUCAAUACAUGUGUUAAAGUUGCUCAAGUGUUGGUAAUAUAUAGAGGGCAGCACACGGAUGUACGCAUGGGAGCCGGGAAAAACUCCAAGUUCAGGAAUGCAGCCAAGUCUGACAUCCGCCCAGACGGGACAAGAGAUCUGCUUGCCUUGAACUGUGCUACUAUGUAG